AUGAGCUCGCUGAAACAGCUCCAGCAGAAGUCGGCACGCAGAAAGCAGGUGUACAGGCCCAUCCUCGACAACCCGUACACGGACGAGGCACACAGCUGGCCCCGCGUCCAGGACCCGGCGGUGGUGGCCGAGCUGACACGGACGCACGUGACCGAGGUGCUGAGGCACGCGCCGGACGCGCUGGAGGCGCACUGCGGGUUCAACGCGGUCGUCGCGUAUCUGCAGCGGGCGGCGGCGCCGCCCGCUGGCGCUCCCGUGUUCCUCUUUGUGUGCAACCGGGACCCGGUGCCCGGCGUCGUGCUGGCGCAGAUCCCGGUGCUGGCCCGUGUGGCGCGAUGCGAGGUGGUGCUGGUGCCGCUGCCGCGAGGGUUCAUCGCGCACUUGGACGGGUGCGGUGGUGGCCGCGGCGCGGGCGGCCACCAGGGCCUCCUGCUGGUGGUCCAGAACGGCGGGUUCGACCCGCACUUUGCCGAGCAGCUGCGCCAGAGAGUGGGUCACGCCACACGAAGCCCAUGGCUCGAGUUCGUGGCGGCGCGCGUCGGCGUGGUGCCGUCGGAAGUUGGCGUGGGCCGGAAAGCGUCGUCCUAG